AAUAUGCGGAAAUACCUGAGUGAAUGCAAGGCCUGUUUGAUAGGGGUAUUAUUAUUAUUAUUAUUUAUUUUUUAUGAUGAUUUCAGUAUUGUGGUUCUGGUUUUUAAUAAAUCACUCCGCCACUCGCUAGAUGCUGCUGCAGCUGCUUGUGACAGAAACAGCAGCGUCUUAAAGGGGACGAAAGUCCGCUCUAGAAUACACCCUGCGUGUUCCCCAGCUGUGUUUUCCAUACCACCGCCGCCUCUUACAAGACACAACAAUCGAUACAUGCUCAUUUUAGGAGGAAGGAACGUGAUGUGUCUGAAGAAGACAGCUCCUGCCCUCACACUAUGGUUGUAGAGAGCACCAUGCUGGAUGAGACCAGUGACAAUGGGCAGCAGUCUGGGCGCUGCUCAGAUUGUGGAUGCAGCUUCAGCUUCUCCCAGCCUGACUCUGACCCCAAAACCCUCAAAGACCAGCCUCCUCCCAAGUGUCCAUCCUGUGAAGCAAGUAGCAGCCUCCCCAAUGGACGACGGCCCCACAGGCGCAUCCGUCUGGACCCUCACAGCUGCACCAUGUGCAACAAAACCUUCAUCUCCUCCGCCCACCUGAACCUGCAUCUCGCCUCUCACAAUAAGGAGAGGAAGUUCAGAUGUAGCACCUGUGGCAAGUACUUUCAUCAGUCCUCCCACCUGAUGGCACACAAGAUCAUCCACAGUGGGGACCGGCCGUUCAAGUGCCCGGACUGUGGGAAGACCUUUGGCCGAGCUUCGCAUCUGAAGACCCACCGUCGGCUGCACACGGGUGAAAAGCCCUUCAAAUGCACCUACUGUGACAAGUCGUUCACACAGAAAGCCGGGCUGCUCGCACAUGUUCGUCUUCACACAGGAGAACGACCGUACAAGUGCGAGCAGUGUGGCGCGGGCUUUCGCUCUCUGCCUCUGCUGCUCGCUCACAAGGCUGAAGAAUCCUCUGGGCACAAGAAGCCAUCAUCAGCGUCAGCCCUCGGCCAGUCCCAGAAAACACAAGGAACAUCAGAGGAUCUGAAGUGUGGCGUCUGCUGCCGUACCUUUGUUCGAUCAUCGUACAUCAGACUGCACAUACGACUCAAAAAAGGACAGAGGCCGUAUCACUGCAAAGUGUGCAACAAGACAUUUGUCAAGCUGGAUACCUUUGUGAACCACUGUGAUAAACACUUGCGUCAGAAAAAGGAGAAGAACAAGGAGAGUCAAGACAAAGUUGUAAAACCUCCGCUGUUUGUCCCUCUGUCCAGGCCUUCAUCUCCUCAGGCCUCAGCUGCAGAAACAGAGGUCAACACACGCUCCAGGGCAAAAGCCAAAACUAAAACAGAGCCAUGAGCAAGACUAUUUUUAUUCAAUUUACACUAUUUUACUGAAUGAAAGAAGUUUGCACAGAUUCAAGUAUGAGUACACUAUUUUUUUUUUUUUUACCCUUUUGAGUUGAAUUAUUUAUAUCCCUAGCCCUUUAAAUAAGCCUGAUAGUGAAUGAGCAGUGCUUUUUUCCCUAAGUUGCUGUAAUUGUUUACAUUUGUGUGUUCUGUUCUACAGCAGCACUUAAUAGUUGCUGGAUGUAAGUGUCAUGACAGUGUAACUGGUGUUCAAAGACAAUCUUGCUUGUAACUGUUAUAAACAGUUUUCCCGUAGACAAAGAAUAAAUAAGACGACAAAAAUAGAACAAAACGUGGUACAAAGUACAAACACGAGUUUAAUAAUUGUACAGUUAAUGCUAUUUAAAACAAAUAUUAAUGUGAAUGCAUCUCUGUAAUAAUGACUGCCACAUUAUUUUAAAAAUAUUUUGUGUUUAAGUGCUAUUAACUUUUGAGUGUAGAAUGAAAGGAUUAGAUAUGAAUAACUGUUAGGUUAUACAUAUGACUUGUAAGUAAUAAGCUAUCAGUUUUUUGUCCUUAAAUCCACAUAGAUCUAUUAGCAUGUAGAUCACUGGUGUGAAGUACAAUGUUAAUUAUGUUAUAUAGAACUAAUUACGCACCUUAAGGCAACAUGUACCUUGUGUAAACACUUUGUUUUAGCUGUUUGUACCUGUUGUAGCAUAUUGAAAAAGGUGAAAUUUAGAUGCUCCACAGUUGGUUCCUAGUGUGUAACUCCUCUGUAAUGACAUGGUUCAUGGUGUGUUUCAUCACCUGGGCUUGUCCUCAUUAGGCCUCACAACAGUCCAGCCAGAUGAGCCUCCUGUGAUGGACACAUUCAACCCUGUACGAAAAAUCACACUUCAUUCAAGGUCAGCAGCAGCUCACAGCUGAUACCUCGCUGACCCUAAACUCAAGAGGACGUGUCGACAUACGCGUGUGUUUGUGGUCAUCGUCUCUGAUGAUUAGCUGUCACCUCCACAUGGGGAAGAUCUUUGUCCCGACCUAUGGACAGAAAGGGGAAAAAAUAUAUUGCAUGAGUUGAAGGUGCAAUUAGGAAGAGACUGUUUAAAAUACACAUGUAUCACAGUGACGGCAUGGAUUAAAUGUACCACAAGAAUGGCAUUAAAUAAACAAAUCAACCACAA